AUGCGGAUCUUGAAGGCGCGCUCAGCUCUUUUGAGCGACUUUGAGGUGCUCAAGGUUCUCAAGGAGAUGGAGGCCGAGCAAAAGGCAAGGGUUCAAACUGCUCCCAAGAUCAGCGAGAUCAACGACGAUUCGGACGAUGCACUUCGCAACACAUCCUCAUUCAAGCCAGACGACGAUGAUGGCUGGCUGUCCAAUGUACCAGAGAAUCUGCGUACGAUCCAAUACGAGACAAUCUCUUCGCUUAGCCAGGCAACGAGGCCAUGUGCCCAUCAAGAGGGCGAGCACAUCGCCGCUUUUCUCGACCAACUCAAAGUUCGCGGCUACUCGAUCAACGAUUCGGAAGCGAGGAGAGGUGCGCUGGGGUUAAACCGAUCCGAGCGACUCCAGAUCGUCAACCACGCUCCUCAGAGCGUAGUCGAGCUGCACACGCUUGUAGAAGAGCUGGAGGAGCGCUUCCACCCUCAUCAGAUCGAAGAGCUCAUCUCGCUUGUGCAGACGUACCUACCCAUCCACCCCACCACCGAAGUCAACGCAUACGCUGCAGAAGGAGCUCAGGAUGACCCAGCUUUCAUCAAUGGCGCAGCGCACCGUUCGCAUGUAGAAGCACCGGCACAGAUUAGUCAGUUCACUGGCCAAGUUGCGGCAGCAGCCGACCUGGGUGGAUCCGAUCAGCAGGGCUUGGCACACGUUCCAGGACCAGACGCAGAGCAACAAGCGGCAGAUGUCGAGUACGAAGAGGACCCGGAAGCCGAAAUGGAGGAAGACGACUUUGUACAUGAAGGUCUGGGCGGAGGCGGCGUUGAAGAUGCGGAUCUGGACGACUAG